AUGACGGACUCCGGACCCUCCCUUUGCAGCGUCCUCAACCCACAUGCCUGGUUCGACCCACAGAGACUGCACCCUGAAGUGGAGUCGCUGAUCUACUGGCGGUCGGCGGCGCACAGCGGCGCGGCGCUCGGCGCGGGGCUGGCGCUGCUGGUGGCGCUGGCGUGCUGCUCCGUGGUGUCCGUGUGCGCCUACGCUUCACUGCUGGCGCUCUCCGCCGCCGUCGCCUUCCGCAUCUACAAGAACGUGCUGCAGGCAGUGCAGAAGACUAACGAUGGACACCCCUUCAAAUGGCUCCUGGAGAAGGACGUGUCGGUGUCGGCGGAGCGCGCGCAGUCGCUGGCGGCCGCCGCCACCGCGCACCUCAACGCCGCGCUCGCCGAGCUGCGCAGGCUAUUUCUGGUGGAGGACCUGGUGGACUCGCUCAAGUUCGGUGUGCUGCUAUGGUGUCUCACGUACGUUGGUGCCUGCUUCAAUGGCAUCACGCUCAUCAUACUCGGAUGGAUAGCGUUGUUCACUUUGCCGAAGGCGUACGAAAUGAACAAGGCGCAAGUUGACGCCAACCUGGAGCUGGCGCGCGCCAAGAUCAACGAGAUCUCUGCCAAGGUGCGGGCAGCGGUCCCUCUGGGCCGGAAGUCGGAGAGCGAGAAGGACAAGUAG